AUAACUGUUCUCUAGAGGAUCGAGAUUCGAGAAGUACAUUUAACAUUAUAACGCCUGCCGUCGAGGACAACUCACGCCGCCCGCGCUUAAUAAAAGUUACGCUGAGAAGCUUGUGGCUUGAAAGAAGAACGUUAGCAGACUAAAAUGAGUUUCAGAAUUCAAGUUUCGUUUCUUCUUCUAUUUGGUACACUUCUGGAAGCCGGCAUACCUAAAGGUUUCAUCCUUAACAAAGCAACUAAAAAUGCCUACAAAUUGAUGUAUCAAUCUGCAACUUGGCCGGUGGCUAGAGACACGUGCAAUGAACUUGGGGCGCACUUGGCAGUGCCUCGUUCACAGGACGAAUUCUUCUUUAUCCAGAAACUAGUCCGUGGUAUGCAUUACCCCAGCAUCAACGGAACAGAUAAUAAAUUAGUGGUCUGGCUUGGAAUCAAUAAUUUAGAAGACUAUACAAUUUGGAGAAACAUCUACGGUGAAGACAUAAAGAAGACUGGCUUUUCGACAUGGGCUGGAGAUAACGGAGAGGGUUUUAGUAAUGAUCCUGAAGAGCCUCAUUGUGGUGCAAUAGACGCUGCGAAUCCUGGACUACGGGACUACUGGUGUCACCGAAGACAACCCUAUAUCUGCCAAAUUGACCUCAAACUAAAUAAUCAAUAAAUAUUUUAAGAUUACUUAAAUAUAA